AUGACUUUCUUUGCCACACUUAAAGCAGGGCCCAGACAGACACAAAAGGGCUCUUUCUCUUCCGGUCGCUGGCGCUUUGGGAGCUCCGGCGAGGGUUCAGACAUAGCCAAGUCCAAGAACCACACCACACACAACGAGUCCCGAAAAUGGCACAGAAAUGGUAUCAAGAAACCAAGAUCGCAACGAUAUGAGUCUCUUAAGGGGGUAGACCCCAAAUUCCUGAGGAACAUGCGCUUUGCCAAGAAGCACAACAAGAAAGGCCUGAAGAAGAUGCAGGCCAACAAUGCCAAGGCCAUGGAGAUACGUGCUGAGGCUGUGAAGGCUCUUGUCAAGCCCAAAGAGGUCAAGCCCAGGAUCCCAAGGGGAGUCAACUGCAAGCUCAGCCAACUCGCCUACAUUGCCCAUCCCAGGCUUGGGAAGGGUGCUCGGGCCCGCAUUGCCAAGGGGCUCAGGCUUAACCAGCCAAAAUCCAAAGCCAAGGCUGACAGUAAGGCCGAAGCUCCAGCUAAGUCCUCAACUCAGGCUCCUGCUCCAAGCCAGGCUCCUGCAAAGGCUCCAUAA